AUGAUCUCACGGCUUGCAGAACCUCACCUCAGUGAAGGUCAAAAGGAUGACAUCUUGCUCGCUGCAAGCCUGGUAUGCGAUUCCAAGGACGUCCUUGCACUUAUGAGCUGGCUCAGAUUAGAUAUCUCGUCCCGAUCUUUGCGAGCGCUUGUUUACUCGGGCAAUCAUACUGCUCUGAAGAAGCUGCUGGCAAGCCAGUCUCAGAACGAGUAUUUCUCCAGUGCAGGAUUCAAAGAGAGUCUCCACAUGGCCGUGGAUCACUCGUCACUGGAAAUUGUGAGAGAACUUCUCGACCAUGUUGAUGUUGUCCAAGACAAGGAGGUCCUUAUGGAUUGCUUGAGUCGUGUUAUUCAGAAAUCAGCAUCCAAGGAAGUCUGUCUCUUACUUCUAGACACGGGCGUUGAGAUUGAUUACGGGCGUCAAGAGCAAUACCUGAGUGACGCCGUGAAGCAAGAUAACCCGGAGCUGGCACAAGUGUUCUUGGAUUGCGGGGUCAGCAUCGACGCUCAAGAAUCCUCAGGCGAACCGCCUCUUUACGUGGCCGCGAAAGAGGGCACGCUAUCCAUGGUGGAGUUUCUCGUGAAACGGGGCGCCGACGUCAACGUUCGAACUGAUGCCAAGGGGCUGACGCCGCUGUACGGAGCGACACUUCAGUCGAGACCAGAAGUCGUCGAGUAUCUCCUGAGCAAGGGAGCCGACGUGACUAUCCCUUCAAAGGCACGAAACUGGUCUCCUUUGGAAGGGGCAUAUGACUAUCCGGCCGUCAUGGCACAUCUGGUCACCAAGGCGUGGCCACCGCCCGACUAUCACCGAGUGGCUGAGUUUGGGGACACCCAAUGUACAGCCCUUUUCCUCGCAGCGACGUACGGCAAGACCGAUAGUGUCAGGUUGUUGUUGAAGCAUGGCGAUCCGGACAUCGAGUUCACGCCAUCCUCAGAUAUCGAAAAAGAAAAGACGGAUACGAGGGGAUAUACUGCUCUAGCUGUCGCAAGUCUAUACUCGCACACGGAUAUUGUGAGGCUGUUACUAGAGCAUGGGGCGAACGUCAACCAUCGAAUCCCGGGCACCCGUCUGACACCGCUCCAUCUCGCACACAGCGGCGAUACACUCGCGGUAUUGCUGGAAUACGGGGCCGACAAGGAGGCCAAAGACGACAACGGCUACACGCCUCUCUUUUACGCCGUGACGAAACCAGAUUCGAGUCUCACCCGGCGUUUGGUGAACGCUGGCGCCAAUUUUAAAGCCACCGAUAAUUGGGGUCAUGCCGCUCUGCUGAACGCCCUGAUCUACGGCGAGCCGAGUAGCCGUGAAGAGAAUUGCAGAUACCUCAUUUCCAAAGGUGCUCCGAUCAACGAAAAGGGUCCAGACAGGUACGGGUCCACCGUGCACAGGUGUUGCAGGUUCGGUGAAGUAGAGGAAGUAGAAUUGAUCUUGGAGCUGGGCGGUGAUGCGGGCCUCUGGUAUGGGAUGCAGGGCACCCUUCUCGAGGCGGCAUGCAACAACGUCAACAAAAACGACUUGAGAUUGGUGAGAUACCUCGUCGAGAAAAAGGGGGUCGACAUCAACGGCCCGGGGAGCUACCUCCGCAGUGCCAUGGGAGAGGCAUUCCGGUCUGGCGACGAAUCACUCAUACGAUACCUGCUCGAAAAUGGUGGGCGUUUCGAUACCCUAGACGGCAACGGACAACCGGCGUGGUUCAACAUUUGUGCCAGAAAGGACGACGCCCUCGAGAUGUUUGACAUGCUACUAGACGACUACGGAGCGGAAGACUUCCUAGCCUCGCUAGGGGACAAGGACAGAACGUCACGGAAUAUCCUGCACUGCACAGCACUUUCGGGGCAUCUGGGACUUGUUGAGAGACUUGUCGACCUGGAUCCAAACCUAGUUGACAGCCGUGACAUUGACGGGUGGUCGGCCCUUCACUGGGCAGCGCGGAUGGCCUCCAUCGAAGGUCUCGGAGGCGAAGACAUCCCGCAGAAAUGGGAAGAGAAGGCUGAAAUCAUCAAGUUCCUAGCUCGCAAGGGAUGUCCUGGUCUGACAGAAUGUGUGCCCGGUGGCAAUGAAGGUACGUGGGACGCACUGGAAAUUGCAGAAUACCACGGCGCGCCUGAAGUUAUCGUCGCUGCGUUCAGGGAUAUGAUGGAGGACGCACAAGUUCAAGUCGAAUCCACCAAAGCGUUGUCCCAGCGCGCUGGAAGAUGGAUUUGCGACGGUUGCAACACUCUGAUCUGGGGUGCUUUCCUCAUUUGCGAUGACGAUGAUUGUUACAAAAACUUUGGGCUUUGCUUCAAGUGCGCGCCUCACAAGGAUGAACUCCAUGACCCGAAGCACGUGUUCGUCAUUGACGAACGAGGAGUCCCAGAAUGCUCAAGUCUGGAGUGGGCACCGUAG